AUGCGAAAGGCCAUAUAUAACGCUACUGCCUUUUAUUCAAAAUUACCCCCAAAAGACGGAGUGCAGAAAUUGCAGAAGUGCAUGAUAAAUGUUACGUAUCAUGUUUUUGGUAGGCACGAACAAUGCAUAGAAGCAUUUUGUAAGGAAGGAAAAAAAACUGAAAGAGAUAUGGUGGAGGAUCUACAAAACAGUGGACUGCUUUUUAUAGUAAUGACUGCCAUACAAAAUUUGGCCGCCCAUAGCAAAAGCUUACUUUUUGCUGCCGACAACAAUUGUGUGGAGCAAUUCAAUGCAAUUGUUGCAAAAUUUAUUGGCGGGAAAAGAAUCAAUUUCUGCCUUCGCAACAGUUACCAGGCUCGUUGUAAUGGCGCAGUGAUUUCACAUAAUUCCAGGAGUUUGAUGUCUUCCGUUCAUAAAAACAUGUACAAUACAAGUCCUGGAAUUUGUGUGAAAUCUUUGGAAAGAAAAAGGCAAAAAGAGAGGCAACAAAGAAAAGGAAAACUACAUCAAUGUAGAAAAACUUUAUUCAGAGAUAAAGCUCGGAAUAAAAGUUACGGGCCCAGUGCGGAAAAGCCUGAUUUGUUAGAACAGGAGUUUCGCCAAAAACGGGAGCAGAUGAUAAAAUCUCUUCAGUUAUCUGAUGCUGAAGCUGCAUCCUUAGAAAGGGCAACGAUUGAACAGAAAGGCAGUUCGUUGUGGAGAGAGGAGCGUCGGAAGCGACUAACGGCUUCUGAUUUUGGAAUCAUUUGCUGCAGAAAGGAAUCAACUAGUUGCGAAAAUAUAAUUAAAAAUAAAUUAUAUUCGCAUUUUCUUUCUGCGGCUAUGAAAUACGGCCAAGAAAACGAGGUCAACGCUAUAAGAGCCUUAGAAGAAAAUUUUAAUUUGAAAAUCGAAUGUUGCGGUUUAUUCGUAAACCCAGAUUUUCCAUAUCUAGCUGCAUCUCCGGAUGGGCUAAUUGGUGAUGAUGGGAUUGUUGAAGUUAAAUGUCCAGCAUCCUGCAAAAAUAUUUCUCCAGAUGAGGCGAUAAAAGCAAAAAAAUUCCCAUUCUGGAAAUUAAACAAAGAUGGAACAACAAAUAUAAAUAAAAACCAUAAGUAUUAUUUUCAAGUGCAGGGCCAGCUGCAUAUUACACAAAGAUCCUUUUGUUUAUUUGCAAUGUGGACGGAGAAGGGGCAAAAAACAGAGAAAAUAAUUCGUGAUCCAAUAUUUUGGCAGCAAAAAAUGGAGAAAAAAUUGACCUUCUUUUAUUUUGACUGUUUGUUGCCAGAACUUGUUGAUCCCAGAUAUCCGAGAUCAAUGAAAAUUCGGGAUCCUUCUGCUAUUAUAGAGGCCCAAAAGAAAAAAAAGGAGAAAGUACAAUAA